AUGGGCCCCGAAUUGGUCACGAAUGCCAAGACAGGCUCGCGUAACUACACUAGAUUCCCUCGCCUUUGCGUCAGCUAUUAUUCUUUGGCCGCAAAAAUCGCGAUCGGUUGUUUGGAUCAGCGCAGACGCUCGGCGCUUCUCUACGCACGCGUUCUACCUCACAAGAUGACAUUUCUUGAUAUUCUACCGACCGAAUCAAUAAUCCAUAUCCUAUUACUGUUGCCACCCACCGACAUAAUAACAUGUAAAGUGGUAUGCCACCGACUCUUUGAGAUUAUUAGGGAGUCUCCCGAACUACAAUAUUUGCUCCAACUUGACAUUCUAGGAUAUGCCCCUCCACUGAAUCCAUUGAAUGACUUAUCAUUCGGGGACAAGAUCCGUGUCCUGCAAAGAAAGCACCCCGCCAGACCAAACCAAAUGCAAUUGCAGGACAUGAGCCCACAUGCGGUCAAGUUCGAAUCCGUUGGGCCUCUCAGCGCCAAUAUUCGGUACUCUGGAGGAGUUCUGGCUGUCGGUAAACCAUCUAUUGACGUGACUAGACAGCUUCAGCUUUAUCAGCUCGCAUCCAACAACAAGCGUACAGAUUUCUCAUCCUUUGUUCUGCAUGAUUUGGGCGUGGAGACCCACGACUUUCGAUUCGACCCUGAUCUAGAUCUGUUGGUGCUGUUAGAGAGAGUCAAUACUCUUGUGGAUGAUGAUACCGAUCUCGAAAUGAGGUUUCAUUUGAGGUCUCUUAGCACGGGAAGACUUCAUCCUCUUGCACCAAUUCCGGUUCUCACGAGCACCUUCAAGUUCACAACAACGUACAACGAAGGAGGUUUUCAGAUCUGCGGAAAACAUAUAUCUGUCUUGUGUUACACGAACAGUCGCCUUGACAAUUCUUCCCCAAAGAUGUGUGUUUGGGAUUGGACCACAGGGGAACUUAUUACGUCGACUGAGGUUCCAGGAAAGGAAUUCGCGUUUAUAUCUGAAAAUGCUUUUGUCGUUCCAGCAAGUCGCUAUAAAUGGGCCGGGUCUGAUACAAUCGGCUCAUUGUUGGUCUACACAAUUACCGACACUCAUCCGGGAAAUCGAGCCCGGCACAUAGCAUCCCUUCGCCUUCCAGCAACUUCGGCUGGGCCUUGUCACUCUCAGUGCCAUUUCAUUGCAACUUGCCUUCCACCCUCACCUAUAGUACUGGAUGGGCAUCUCGUAAUGAUGCCACCGAAGCGAGUCUACGAAAUCGGGCCAAGCUCGCACUAUCUUUGUCUUCACAUUAGAGCAUUCAAUAUUGAAAAUCUUCACGGCCAGAUGGCCAACGGCAUGCUCUUCAUUCCAGCUUCGAGCAUACAUCAUAUACUGAACAGUAUCACGAAUAAGCACCUCCCUCCGAAGCACUAUACUUGGGAAGGUUGGGCUAGCGGUACUUCCUGGAUCAAUACUCGGAUACUACGCCGCAGCCCUAAUUGCAUCUUUGGUCAUCGAGCAGCGCUUCUGUCGUUCGACCACAAAGAACGCGGGUGGCGGGUCUUUCUUUAUGACCUACGUGCAAGCGUACGCGGCUUGAAAAUGGAAGAAUUUCUGAAGAACGAGGAUGAGGGGCCAUUCUUUUCAGACAAGUACCUCAACAGAAUAUUUUCCGAUGCCGGAGCGGGCAUUCCUGGACCCACAGUGGUAAACUCGUUCUUGGUAUCUGAAGGAGAAGAAUGGGACACUCACACGGAUAGCAUACCUCCGGUGCUAGCGGUCGACGACGAACGCAUAAUCACUUACGACGAAAGGCAGCUGAGAGGACUACCCGAACUGCAUGUAUACGAAAUAUAG